AUGGCGAAAAACCGCACUUCCUCGACCAGCUAUAACCUUAGAAGUGGAUACCGCAGGACCUACCGCCGCAGCUUGUACAAUAUUGAUACGGCAAAUAGACUCGAAUUAACACUCGUUCGCUGGUACAUAAUUCAACCGCCACCCGCUCCACACACGGACCCGCUGCAGCUGGACCCGGGGGCGCUGAGCAGCGUCCUGGAGGCUGCAGGAGCGGACUGCCAGUGGUCGACGGCCCGCCUCAACUCGCCGCCGCAGGGGGCCCGCGAGGUGGCGGUAGCGGCCGGCUUCCUCUGCAAAAAGUGCCGCCUCUCCUUCACCAGGGAGGCGGCCAUCGGCAACCACGGCUGCGGGCAGUCACCUGGCGGGGUCCGGAUGGUGCGCCUGAGGGCGGGGUGCAAGAACUGCGAGGCCGUCUUCGAGUCAGCCCAGGACUACAGGCGGCACGUGGAGGCGGCGCACCCUGAACCCGCGCUCUCCCCCCGGCUCUCCGUCGAGAUGGAGGACGUCGUCAACCAGAUUACCGCCCUCGCCGCCCAGGCCCUCAAGCCGGACCCCAACGCGAACAUCUUCCUCCCCGUCCCCCCCGCCACUGGCCAGUAAUGUAAAUAGUAGAAGCGUAUAAGACACAACAAGGAGUUAUUGAAUCGAGAAAUUUUAUUAUAACAGAAAUAAAAUAAAUUUUAAUGUUAAGGUUUUAUGUAAUAAGGAAUAAUAUAAUUUAUAAUUAAAAAAAAAAAAAUGUAAGGGCAUCGCCCGUAACUACACCUCGCUAUUAUCGCUGUAAGGUUGGCAAUUUUAAUAUUAUAUUCGAUUAUAGAAAUGGCUCUCAUGAGGAGCGAUAUUAUUGUAAAUGUUACUGGUCGACUUGACGCGACUAGACUACGGGCCGGGGCGAUCGCUUUGUCUGUUGGCGGCGAAGCGGCGCGCCGGGCCCCAGCGCGGGGUGCGUUUGCUGGGAGCGUACCCCGCCCGGACCACGAUAUCCCCAACCCAAGGAUAUGGAAACGACAACACACAGCACCCCAUCCGUAAGUGCUAUCUCACAUUCCAAUCUACGAUCCCAGCACCCAAGGUUCCUAUCUUUAGCUAACAUUUACUAAGGUUCCUGUUCCAAAAUGCUUUUCUAUAUAAUUAAUAAUUAUAAGAAUUUUAAUUGUACUAUUUAACAAUUAGUUAUGUGUGCAGGUAUAUUGUUGGUGUUAUUCGAUUAAUAAGGGAUUAAAUUAUUUAAAGAAAUCCAUAUAGGUAAGGGAGGGGGAAGGGGGCGCAGAGUGGAAGGGCGUUUUGAAUAUUUUUGUUCCCUGAUGUUUGGCUUAGAAUUGGCCCUUAAUAAUUUCGCGGCAGAUUCCACUUCAGCUCGCCGGAGCCCCUCCUUUACGGAACUUUUUUCAGAUUUUAAAGGAAAAACAACUGAAAAAGUGUUUAAUAAAAAAAAUUAAAAAAACUGUUCCUCAAAUUAUUUACAUUGAUCAUAAGUUUGUUAAAGAUUUUUGUGUUCUAUUUGAUAUACGGUAUAUGUUCCGCACAGAGGUAUCUACAACAGAAUACGUCUUGUUAUUCUGUGAUUAAACUAGCUUGUUGAUUUUUUCACAAUUUUCUAUUUCUGAUUCCUUAAAAACAAUGAUUGAAAUCGGUUUGAAUUACUUUCCGAUUAAAAGGGAAAGGUAAAUAAAAAUAUUAUAAAUAUAUAUAUAUGUAUGUAUACAUGUAUUGAAAGAGUAAUUUGGUUCCUAUGUCGAUUUUUUAAGUGAAUUUAUUGAAAACAAUUCAGUGGGUAAUCAGAAAUUUCGGCAAUAAUAUUUUAAGGUUUAAGGUUUUAAAAGAGAAAAAAAAAUUGAAAAGGAAACAAUAUGUUUUGAUGUAAUAUAAUAAAAUUGUUUUACUAUCGAGCAGUUUUUAUGUUGGAUUGUUUUUCUUUUACUGAUUUUGAAAUUUGACACAAACGACGUACAAAUUACCGAAACCUCGCCCAGAUACAAUGAUGAUUAAAUUAUAUGUAGUUCAGUGUACGUAUGUGGAUAACUAUUAUGAAUAAAAUAUUUAAACUAAAUAUAAAUAUAUAAAUAUAUAUUAUUGAGGAGUUUCAUGAAUGAAUAUUAAAAAAAAAAAAAUGAAAUGAGCUCGUAUCCCAUCAUUGAUUUUUCUAUGGUUCAGAUCACUGUAAAUUUUUGGAAGUAAAUAAUAAGAUGAAAAAAAUGUAACUUUUUUUUAUUAUAUGACGAAAAAGAAUCUAUUUUAUAGUAUGUGAGUAUGUUCCUAUUAGACCAUAUCCUCUUCUCAGAAUAGUUGUUAGUUAGCAAAAGUUGAUUUGUCAAAUCUUUUAUCACAAUACGAGGAAAAUUAUUAGACUGUAUCAUUUGGUUGUUCUGUUGUCAUGCUCUUGGCGAAUGAGAAAAUACCUUAUUAUUAUUAACACCUGUAUAAUUUUCUGAUUAUUUACAGUUAUUAUUGUUUUUACUAAUUGUGAAAUACAAUUUAUUAUUUUCAUGUAAUUUAUGUUAGAAUAUUUGUAAGUUGGUGACGCUCAGGAUUUUAAGCAAUGCGACAUUUUUUUUAUUUUAGCCCUUAGAUUUCUUAUGGUAGCUUAUUAUACGUCACUUGUAUGCGAAUCAUACCAUAUUGUAAUUGUUUCUAGUUUUAAAAUUAAUUUACCAUCGUAAAUUAAUUUGAUACAUUGCAACGAAAUGAUCUCAAUAAUAAUGUUUUAUCCGAUUUGUAAUUUAAAAUAAUUAGGUAUUUAGCCAUUGCUAUCUUAUCUCUCUGAUGCUUCACCAGCAAUUACAAUGAAGAAAUUAAUUUUAUGGAACGGAAAACCCUAGUACUGACUUUUUAGUAUUCCUUAGUUACUUCAUUUAUUGUAUUUUAUUUGUAUUUAUAAAAGUUUUAUUAUUUAUUAUUUUUAAGUGUGAUAUAAGGUGUUUUUAAGUAUCGCCAUUUUUUAUUUAUAAAUAUUAUUAUCAUUUGUACAUUAUUGUUUUCGAUUAUGUGAACUAAACCACUUUGUUUUUAUAUAUAAAUUAUAUAUAUAUAUAUAGAUAAGUUUAAUUAAUUAUUUAUUGCUUAUGUACAUAUUUUAUUAGUUAUUGUAAUUGCUAUUAUUAUUAUUGGUUGUUUAUUGGGUUACUGUGUUAAUUGAGGGAAUGGGAAGGUAUUUAUUUAUGAAAAUAUUAGAAAAUGAUAUUUUGUGUUGAGAUGCAUAGUUAUAUUUCUUAAUUAAUGGAUGUUCCUCUGUAAUUUCCCUCGCACUGUGAGAAAAUAUUUGUUGAUUAAAUAAAUUUUUAAAAAAAGAGAAACUUGCAUUUUAAAUAAAUAGAAGUUGUUUGUUUUCAAUCUUGGAAAAAAAAUGUAUAAAACAGAAUAAAACAAGAUAGUUUAUGACAAAAAAACUGUGUUGUUUCCUUUAUCCAAAAAAAAAAAUCAUUAUUGAUUUUGUAAAAAAAAAAUAUAUAUGAUGAAAAAAUCCCUUUAUUAUUUUCUAAUGCAUUAAGUAGUUCAAAUAAAUUAUUAAUUGUGAU